GCGGCAAAGUGGCUCCCGGAAGUUUUUGUUUUCUCACCUGUCAGUUCUGACACGGUGCUAGAGUCCAGUCUCUUUUCUUUGUUUUUUCUACGAAAAAUAGAAAUAAAUGAUAAUAUUUUGUGGUGAACGGACGCCUAAUUGAGGACAGCGUUUAAAACGGUCUGCUAUCUGCUACAGAGUAGACCUGUACAGGCAUGGAGCCCUUGGCAGUGGAUGAUGACAUCUGUAUCCUUAAACAUGAGACGGCAUACACCACCGCUGGAGAGAGCCCUGUGUCCGUGUGUGCCGGGGACGAGUCAGUUGCCUCUCACUUUGCCUUGGUCACAGCCUAUGAGGACAUCAAGAAGAGGCUGAGGGACACAGAGCGAGACAACACCUUGCUGAGGAAGAGGGUUAAGCAGCUGGAGGAUAAGCUUUUCAGGCCAGAUGCACCUCCAUCAGAAGGUCCCCAGUAUGUGAACAAGGCCUUCAGCGCUUACCGAGGUAUCUAUAUAGAGAAGGAGGACCUGCAGGCGGAGCUUAAGAAACUGAGAAAGGAGAAGAGCGAGAGUGAGAGGUUGCUGACGGAGCAGCUCCAGGCUAAAGAGUUGGAGCUGCUUCAGUUGAGAACAGAGAUGGAGACCAGCCAAGGUACAGUGAUGAAGAGCUUGAACAGCCCUCAGGACUUCUGGCAGGUGGACAGGGUCUCCACUGAGCUCAAGAUCCACAAACUGCAGGAGGAGCUGGAAAGGGUGACGCUGGAAAACAGCAGACUGCUGGAGAGAAGCACGGAGGAACCCCAUGGCCUUAAUGGACCAGACUUGCACCAGAUCUGUGAUGCAAAGUAUAACACAAGCGAGAGGAGCAUACAGCAGACGUACCAGGCUUUGCAGUGUGAAGUCACUCGUCUCCAUUCAGAGCUAAAGCACCAAACAGGCCUGAUCAGGAAACUCCAGCCAUUGAUCAGCGAGACAAGACAAGUUCCAGUCCAGUGUUUGGAUGAUGUGGAAAAGAACAACAACCACCCAGUUCCUCUGGCGUCAGUGCCUCGCCCCCCUAGUGCCCCUCCGCUCCCGUCAUGCCUCGGCCGCCCGUGCCCCCCGCCUGUCGGCUGUUCCUCGGGCACCCUGCUGCCAGACAGCCUAAGAGAGGACUGCUGGUACAACGGGCCCUGGCCGUCCCAGACCAGCUCAGGGGAGGCUCUCAUGGGGAGUGACACAUGCUCUGUAGUCCUGCCUCCGCCUCCCCUCAACCAGGCUUCCUUGGAUGAGAGCUCUAGGUCUUUCCCCAGCCCCCCCAAGCCCAGUGAUGCCAUAUUCUGGGAGGGACACUCGGCUGCAUCAAACUCCUCAUCAAUGGGAAACUACAGCCCUAAAAGCCCCCCCAAUACUGAGUGGGCCAGACCUUAUUGAGGGGAACAUCAGUGGGAGAGUAGAUGAUUAGUGUGUAAUUGGAUGGAAAAUAAUAGGAAGGAUGAAUACACGGACUCUCCAAUCCUGCCACAUAGCUACCACCUAACCUGCCUUAAGCUGAUGAGACUGCUCCUCUGGGCUGGACAAGAGCGGACCUACUAGUUGUGGGAACUACUUGAGGCCAGAAGAGGCCUUUUUCUUUGUUCUUGAGGUAAAGACUCCACGAACUCGCUCAUUUCCCUGCACACUGCACCAGUGAACGCAUCUGACGAGAGACGCUCAGCGGUAUGUCCACAGGUGUGACUUUGUAUGCACACGCGUACAGUAAGUGUGUGCAGGCAUGUGUACAAGCAGUUUAAUUUCUGUGUGCAAGAGCUCAGAUCAAACAGUGUGCCUGCGUGCAGAUCGAUGUGUGGGUGCCUCUCGCCUGCCUGCAUCUGUAUCUCGUCAUAAUAAACCCGAUAGCGCUCCGAUGGCCUGUUUCUCCAUCGACGCUGGCCGCUGAUUGCUGGAGCCACAGACGUAUAGUACUUCAAUCUGUAAAACUAUACUUCCUCCUUUUACAUUUGAUCGGUGUAAAGUAUAUCAGCUGUGUAGUCCCAUGUACAUCUCAUGAUUAUGUGAAAGACGUGUCUGAGUGUGAGCCGUUUGUUUAAAGACAGCUUUAACUAUUGAAUUUGAAGUUUUUGUACCACAGACCUUCUGGAUUAUUGAAGCAGGCUGCCUACCGAUAUUUAAGGAAUUGUUUUUUUAAAUGCAGUUACAUUACUUGAAUUUUUGAGUUUACAUAAUGAACAAAUAACCAAUCCAAAAACCUACUUCUUUCUGAAAUAAAACACUCCACCCUCACUUGUACCAGAAUACGAUUAACCGUUUACAACUUCACAGAAAUGCCAUAGCCACUGUACCUGCUUGUUAUCACAGAUAACACAGAUCACAGAUCUGAUUCCAAGAUUCCCAUCAUCUCUCUGCAGUGAAGGACUGUGCAAUGUUGGAUGUUGCUCUGUGACAAUUUUAAUUUGGGGGAAUUUGAACAGCCCUUUGAUUUGAAAUCCUGAUUAUGUUAAAACCUGAUGAGGUUUUGAACAAUAGGAAAUGUAACCAAACUGUACUGUGCUGAUGUUCACCUACAAUACAUUGUUUUGCAGUAAGGGGUAAGUCGUUGUGUGAUAAGGAAUGUCUUCUAGUCACACGAGUAUUUACUACAGGAUGUACAAACGAGUAGAAUACAAGAUAAACAGUAGGAAGAAUGUGCAUAUGUGUAAAAAUGUAAAUGGCGGGCUUCAGUAUUUUGCCAAACAUGUCUUUGCACUCCAAAGCGUAGGUUUUCUUUGUUCCCCCAGCACUGAGGCUUCUAAUGUGUACAGCAAGAGCUGUCUGGGAAGUUGGCAGGACAAGUCACUGUGAGCUGUGACUUGGCAAAUGCGUUCACGAUGCACAAAGACCUGUGGUCGUUGAAAAGGCGUUUUCUUUUUCCUUUUUUAGUCUGUUCCACGACAACUGUGUUGUUUUUGUUCUUCAUUUUUUAGGAAAUGUUAUUUUACAGCAGUAGUUUCAUACUUCUGUAAACGAUUUGCAAACCAAAAUGCAAUGUACAGUAGAUUUGGAUUAUAUUUUAGACUUACUGCAUUUCAGACUGUUUGUAAAUAUAAUUAAUUAAAUGAACUCAAAGAAG